GCAGUUUGUCGUUGUUUUGAAGCGGUGUUGGUUGUGUGGAUUUUUAGUGCCAAAGUAAUUCUUUUGAAACAAUUUUUGAAGUGUUUGAAGUUAACAAUGUCGGAUGAAAUUGCCGAAAAUGGAACAACCAAUGGAGACGUUCCAGAAAUCGAGCUCAUUAUUAAGGCAUCGACCAUCGAUGGACGACGGAAGGGCGCGUGCCUGUUUUGCCAAGAGUACUUUAUGGAUUUGUACUUGUUAGCGGAACUUAAAACAAUCAGUCUAAAGGUGACGACAGUUGACAUGCAGAAGCCUCCGCCAGACUUCCGCACAAACUUCGAGGCGACGCACCCGCCCAUACUGAUCGACAACGGACUCGCGAUACUCGAGAACGAGAAGAUCGAACGGCACAUCAUGAAAUCCGUACCAGGCGGGCACAAUCUAUUUGUACAGGACAAAGAAGUAGCGUCAUUGAUAGAGAACCUGUAUUCAAAAUUGAAGUUGGUGUUAGUUCGUAAAGAUGAACAGAAAUCAGCAGCACUACGCGCGCACCUCGGACGUAUCGACGCAUUGCUCGAACGCAGAGGCACAAGAUUCUUAACGGGUGACACGAUGUGUUGUUUUGACUGUGAGCUGAUGCCUCGACUACAGCACAUCCGAGUCGCCGGCAAAUAUUUUGUUGACUUCGAAAUACCGACGAGUUUCCGCGCGCUCUGGCGCUACAUGUACCACAUGUAUCAGCUGGACGCAUUCACACAGAGCUGCCCCGCCGACCAGGACAUCAUCAAUCACUACAAACUACAGCAGUUGGCAGCGGGCGCAGCCCUGAGGAGUGCCCCCCGUCCCCCCGCGCGACCACCUCCGGCCCUGAAAAUGAAGAAACACGAAGAGCUGGAAACGCCCACUUUCACAACUUCUAUCCCAAUCGACGUAAGCGACGUGAACAAUGCCGAGUAAGCCAUGCACUUUAGCCCUAUGUGGAGCGAAACUGAGCCUUGGUACAACAUACAUUAGGCGAGAAAUUGAUAAUCCACCGUGUAGUUUAGCAUAGAACAAACUUUUUAUGUUGCAUUUCUUAUAUUGCUAAAGUUUAUCUUUUAUGGCCAUCCAUACACAAGUCAUAAUAAUAAUUUUGAAUCCUACUUAGAAGGGAUAUAAAAAAAACUCAAUUUUGAACAAGAUUUUGAAAUUACUUUCAGCAUUUACAUAGUUUUCCGAUUUGAGGUUUAUCAAAGAUUAUACAGCCUAUUAAAGCUUUUUUGUACCGAGGAUCUUUUUUCCUAUAUAUUGUGCUCAGUGUGAUAUCCCCUCCUACUCGCCCCAUCCUAAAUCAGAAAGAGACUCUAAUAUAUUUUUGUAAAUGUAGCCUUUUAAUGUUGAAUAAACUGUAACUUAGGAUGUAUGUACGGUGCAAUGAAAAUGUUAUAACACAAGGUAAAUUUGUGAUUCGUUUGCGAAGCAAUAUUUGUUCAUUAUUUAAAGGUUAAAACUUCUGCGAAUUUGUUUAAUUUUUGUUAAGUAUAACAAUUAUAAUCUACUUACCAUUUGGGCGAAAAAUAGCAUUAAAACAUGUUAUCAUUUCGAACAACUGAUAGUUUAUGUUUUAAAUGCUUAAAUAAAAUAACAAAAUAUAAACAAAUCUUAGACAGGUCUGAAUCGUGAUUUUAUCAUUCUAAUUUCAUAUAUUUAUCGUUUGUGAUGUGUCUACUGACUAAACUAAAAUUUUUGAGAUGAACGCGCUUCAUACCUGAUGAAAAAAAUAUUUUAUUGAUUGAAUAGCGUGCAUGGAAGUUCGAGAAAGUGACUAAAUGUUGGUUUUGCCCUUUUAGAUAGAAUCUUAUCUGAUUAUGGGCAAUGUUGGAAUUAUGUAUGCGAGUUAAAUGUGUUAGUGGCCAUUACUUUGGAAAAAAUAAUGUUGAUAACUGUAUUUUUUUAUUAUUAAUGUAUUUAUUAUUGUCGCAUCACUAUAUCGUACCCGGCAGAGGUGCUGAACAAACUAUAUGAACGUUUGCAAGAAAACUGACAAAUUGUAACGAUUUCGCAGUGUACCUUUUACAGUAAAACAAAAAACAACCAUGAUGUAUUAGUAUUUAGAAUAGUUUCAUUGUUCAAACAACGAAUAGGCGAUCAGUAAUUAUGUGUUAUAUUCACAAUAGAUAUAAGCUUGGUUUACAGUAUUCAUUUUUAUUGUUCUUUUUUGGACCUCUUUUAAUUUAGUAUUUAGGUUAGUGAUAGGAACAAUUUCACCGCCAUUUUGUUUUAAUGCCUCUGCCUUUAUUUAUAACGACCGUAUAUUCAAAAAUUACAAUUAUUUAUAUUUAAUAUUAAUAUCAGUUGAGAAGUAUUUUGAUAGUGCUCUUACCUGCCUUGAGGUUACCUUUUAAAGGUAGAAUUACUAUAAGUACUUAUUUUCUUCGUUACUAUGUUAUUUACUGUUUUAAAAUUAAUAUUUGUGAGGAAUACAAUAUAAUGAUACGAUGUGAGGCUUUAAGUUGGACCACCUAUACAAGUGUAGAAGUUUUUGCAAUUUCUAUAUUUCGUGAGUUUAUAUUUUCGACAUCAUUAUGCGAUAUUGGAGAAGUAUUAAUAUAUAUGUAUCACAUAGUAUACACAGUACACACAAUAGAGACGAGGGCUAGAGACGAUCAACAUGUCGAUUGGAAAUGUAUAAAAUAUUAAAUAGAUUUUAAUGUACCUAAAUGUUAAGAAAUAAACCUGGAUGAAUAUUAUU